UAUCCACUCCUCGUCUCCUACCUCCUAGCUCCUCCGUCCUCGACUCCUCAGGAUGCCUCCUCAGCUUCAGUCCCAGAACCAGAACGGUACGCGCGUGGUUCAGGGGGAUCUGGGCGCGCUCAGUCCGGCCGUGAGGGAGUUCGUGGAGACCAACGUCGCCCUCUGCCAGCCGGAGUGUCUGCACAUCUGCGACGGGUCCGAGGAGGAGAACAAGGCUCUCCUGGUGCAGCUGGAGGAACAGGGCCUGCUCAAGAAGCUGCCCAAAUACCACAACUGUUGGUUGGCGCGUACAGACCCCAGAGACGUCGCCCGGGUGGAGAGUAAGACGGUGAUCGUGACCCGAGAGCAGAGAGACACAGUGCCCUCUCCUGUCGGGGGAGGGAACAGUCAGCUGGGCCGAUGGAUGUCACACGAGGAGUUCGACAAGGCUGUGACACAAAGGUUUCCUGGAUGUAUGAAAGGUCGUACGAUGUAUGUGAUCCCCUUCAGCAUGGGUCCACUGGGCUCUCCUCUCGCUAAGAUCGGUGUGGAGCUGACAGACUCGGCGUACGUGGUGUUGAGCAUGCGGGUGAUGACCAGGAUGGGCAAAAGCGUCUUGUCCCAGCUGGGCAACGGAGAGUUUGUGCGCUGCCUGCACUCGGUUGGAUGUCCUCUGCCGCUCAAAAAGCCGUUGGUGAAUAACUGGCCGUGUAACCCCGAGCUGACCCUGAUCGCCCACAUCCCGGAGAAGAGGCAGAUCGUCUCCUUUGGCAGCGGGUACGGAGGAAACUCUCUCCUGGGCAAAAAAUGCUUCGCCCUGCGCAUCGCCUCCAGGAUCGCCAAAGAGGAGGGCUGGCUCGCAGAACACAUGCUGAUUCUGGGAGUAACCAACCCCGCAGGAGAGAAGAAGUACAUGGCGGCUGCGUUCCCCUCGGCCUGUGGGAAGACCAACCUGGCCAUGCUCAGGCCCACUCUGCCCGGCUGGAAGGUGGAGUGUGUCGGGGACGAUAUCGCCUGGAUGAAGUUUGAUGACCAAGGAAAUCUUCGCGCCAUCAACCCCGAGAACGGAUUCUUCGGCGUAGCUCCCGGCACGUCGGCCAAAACCAACCCCCACGCCAUGUCCACCAUCGUCCAGAACACCAUCUUCACCAACGUGGCCGAGACCAGCGACGGAGGAGUUUACUGGGAGGGCAUGGACCAGGAGCUGCCAGAGGGAGUCACCGUCACGUCGUGGAAGAACAAGCCCUGGACCAAAGAAGAUGGUGAACCAUGUGCCCACCCAAACUCUCGAUUUUGCACUCCGGCCGGACAGUGCCCCAUCAUCGACCCGCAGUGGGAGUCUCCCGAGGGCGUCCCCAUAGAGGCCAUCAUCUUCGGGGGCAGGAGACCAGAAGGUGUGCCGCUGGUGUAUGAAGCCUUUAGCUGGGAGCAUGGAGUGUUUGUAGGAGCAGCCAUGAGGUCUGAGGCCACCGCUGCAGCUGAGCACCAAGGUAAAGUGAUCAUGCACGACCCGUUCGCCAUGCGUCCCUUCUUCGGCUACAACUUCGGCCAGUACCUGUCCCACUGGCUCAGCAUGUCCCAGCGCCCCAACGCCAAACUGCCCAAGAUCUUCCACGUCAACUGGUUCAGGAAGUCCCCAGAGACCGGCUUCCUGUGGCCCGGAUUCGGAGACAACAUCCGAGUGUUGGACUGGAUCUUCCGGAGGGUCACGGGGCAGGCGGGCGCGAUGCCGUCCACCGUGGGGUACCUGCCCUGCCAGCAUUCCCUCGACCUCAGCAACAUGAACCAGGACGUAGAUCUGCAGCAGCUGUUCCGACUGGAUCAAGCCUUUUGGGAGCAGGAAGUGAUAAAAGUGAGGGAGUAUUUCGCGACGCAGGUUAAUGUGGAUUUGCCCGACGAGAUCGCGAGGCAGUUAGAUCAGCUGGAGCAGCGGGUUAGACAGAUGUAAAUGAAAAAUAAAUGGACAAACUUAUCUCAUUUAUAGCUUUUAAAUGGAUUUCUGUAUGGUAAGAAAUUAAAUUAGGACCUUAGCCGUAGCAAUUAACAAUUUAAAACAAAAUAUUCUAUCUUUUUGAAUGGGUAAAAUGAUGCUUAUACCCGAACUAGUUCAUUUUUAGGCUACGUUUAUAUGAUGAUGGUCUGAACAGAUGACGCAAAAGUGGACGUAAACGCAUACGUGACCUGAGCAGAUCUGACCAUAGUUUUGUGUCUUGGGCAGUGUAGACUUUCCCACUCUGGAAGGUGGUUUCAGAUUUUUGCAUUUUUAAGACCCAAAAAUGCUGUCACCAUCUAAACCAGGGGUGUCAAACUCAUUUUGGUCCAGGGGCCGUUUCCAACCUACUUUGAUCCCAAAGGGGCCGGAUCAGAAAACUCAUGUCAUAUAAACCCCAAAAAUAGCAAUAAGUUCAAAUAUGUGUGCAGAGAAACACAAAUCUAUUACAGAAAUCUUUUUUAAUUGCUGAACUGAAUUGAUGAAUUGAUGAAAAAUGCAAUUUCAACACAAUGUUUUAACCUUAACUUGUUUGCAAAUAGGAAUAAGUCAUUUUUUCCUGGAAAAUCCUGCACUCGGCUCCACUUUUCUCAUUUUUGACAUUUUUCUGAUGAGGGUGUCACGGUCAACAGUCAAAACGAUCGUCCUUUAAGAGCGUUUGGAAAGAGACAAGUCUUCAUUUGUGCUGCUCUGGUGGGAGGGGCCACGUACAGAGACACUGGAGAAGCUGCUCUGCUCAGCGACGCAGAAAAUUACCAAUAUUUUAAUAGUAAAUAGUAAAUAUUUUAGUAGUCUUGGAGGGUCGGAUCCAGCCCCCGGGCCGUAUGUUUGACACCCCUGAACAAAAGGCUCUUCCCAUAAAACAUGUUGUCAUUUUUACCCACAAGCGUUUUCGUCUAAACACCAACUUUAUUCAUUCUGAGCAUCCUAAUUAUUACGAGCACGAUGACAAUGAUAACAACAACUAGCAUGGUAACGCACACUUCCUGAUUACUGGCCAAAGAAACACUUAUAAUUCGACAUUAUUUAUAUAUAUUUUGAUCUCAAGAGGCUGAGGGAAUGAAACUAAGACUUUUGGGGGUUAAAACUAUUCCAUGAUAGAGCUGGUUUAUUUUUUUAUUUUAAUUACAUGUUAUGGUAGUAGUAGUAGUAGUAGUAGUAGUAGUAGUAGUAGUAGUAGUAGUAGUAGUACGUCAAUGCAAUUUUUAACACUAUACAUGGUCAAUUAUCCAAAUAUAUAGAUUUAAUUUAAUAUAGUUUGAGUCAAAGUUUUACUCAGUGAUGUUAAUUACAAUGAUGAACUGUGUAGUAUUUACUAUUAUUGAACACUGUUAAUUUUUUUAGAUUUUAGUUACACUUUUGUUUAGAAUAACGUUAAAGUAUUGUAUUUUUAUUUUUGUUCUAUUCACUUUUAUUUUGAAAAGGUUUUAGUAUUGUAGCUGCUGAUGGUAAAACUGAACUGUUUUGUUUCUCUAUUUAAGUAACUUAUUGAUGUGGGCACAGUUUUAAUUCACUUUUAAGAAUGAGUUCACUGCUCUCUCUGUAUUAUAUGAGGUAAUUUAUUUUUCUACUUCGAAACAAGAACGUACCAAUAAAUAUAUUUAUCUAUUCA